AGCAGAGCAGAGAACGGCUUGAGGCCGGUCCGAUGUAUCCCACUCGAUCCGGGGGAUGGCAGAGCGGUCCUUUUGCGGCCCCUGUUCAGGUAUGGCGGCGGCAGGAUUCAGGGCCAUUGGCCAGGCAUGUCAGCCGGUAUCUAUUGUGCCCUCAAUCGUGCGGAGCAGCGUCCACGGGCCUCACCACUACGGGGGUUCCUUCCGAGUGGACAUCGCAAGGGCGCGCCGGGGCUUUUGGGACUCCUGCUCGGCGUCGACACGCCAGUACCCAGGCUUACUGCAGCUCUUCCAAUACGCCCCGGCAGAGGCGGAGCCCGCGCAGAAAGCGGAGCCGGAGGAUGCGCUUGAGGAGGCUUCGGACGCGGAAACCGAGGGUCACGUGGAGAGAGGCCCGGAGAGGCCUGCACCCACAGCCCCGGUGACAGCCGCCUACAUGGUGAUGCGGGACUAUGAGCGCCGGCUCAGGAAUCUCGAGCUUCAGUGCCGGGAGUUGCGGGGUCACAACGCGCAGCUGAGCUCAGAGCUUGCGGCUAGCCGCGGCCAUCAGCAACAAGGCCGCGAGCUCAACCUGCGCCUGAGCCGGGAGGUUCAGGACUUGCGGAGGCAGCGGCAGGAGGCUGAGGCCAGGAGCGAGGACUUGCAGAAGGAGCUGAGGAGCACCACAGAGUUGGGGAAAAGGACGGCGCGACAGCUCCAGAAGGAAGUGGAGCAGCACAGAGCGCGGGCAGAUCAGCGGAUGGCCUCGGAAGCCGAGCUUCUGGCAGAACGAGCUCAGAUGCUGAAGGAAUUGGAAGACUGCAGGGCCGAGGCUCAGCUUGCCAAGGAGGAGGCCUCAGCCGCGAGUUCGCAGGCCAGAGAGGCCAGAGAGGCGCUGGAGGCAAGCGAAGCAAGCGAAGCGAGCAAAGCGACAGAGGUCCUGGAGAUUGAGCCACCCCCGGGUCUAGGCCUGGGGCCACCCCUUCUGGCGCCAGAGGAGGUUCUCCCAUCCAGAAGUUACAGCGCCUCCUUGCUCUUAGCCCACCGCCUUGCCGCCUUCAAGUUCGGGCCCCCGGGCUUGGAGCCCAUUUGGGCCCCCCACAUGGCCCAUGUGGCGCCGGAGGCCGUGGUUCGGAAGCCCAAGGCGGUCAAGGCCAAAUCGGCCAAGGCGGAGCCAAGGCGCCGGCCGGCGACCCGAAGGGCGCGGGCCACUCACAGAAAGGCAAACGAAGCGGAGAAAAGCUGAGCCACUGAGACAAAACCCGUCGUUUUUUCUUCAGAAGGCUUGCGAGGACUCUGCCUGCCAAGAAUAAGUCAUGGGCGCUUGUCGUCCUAUCGGCGCAGCUUUGUGCGCAGGGCAGGCACAAAGCCGCGCAAAGCUGCGUGAGGAGCCCGUAGC